GCCCCGCCCACCAUGCAUGUGAAAGCCGCCUCGCCUCGUGGUGGCGCUGUGCAACUGCAAGUUCCCAAAGGUGGGACAGUGUGAAAACUGUCUGUUUGUCAAGUUCCUCUUUCAUAAUUGUGUUGAAAAAGAUGCUUCCAUUCACGCUUGAUUCCUGGCAAAUGUGUGAUUAUUCAGGUGAAAUGGCUAGCCGUUCAAAAGCAGCAAAUCCGUGCCCCAUGGAAGAGACUUCGCAUGUCCGCAUCCCAACUUCCUCAAAACCCCAAGUGGGGAUGAAAUUCAACUCAUACCUGGAGGUGGAACGGUUCAUCCGGGAACACGAGGAGGCCAACUAUGUCAAGUUCAAAAAGCUGGACUGCCGAACGGUGGAGUGCUCGCGUAAGCGGGCGCCCAAGCGAUAUCUGAGCGACAAGCUACAAUAUGCCACAGUGACUUUAAGCUGCAUCCAUCAGGGUCAGUUCAAGAGUAAGUCCACGAAGUUGCAGCCAAAACUGGAGACCCAACGGAUGGGUUGCCAAGCCAAGUUCAGGUUUUCAGCCACCCCUAGUGGCAUGCAACUGUACCUUGCAGACUUCAUCACACAGCACAACCACCCCCAUGAUGAGGCAAGCUACAGGGGUCUCCCCCAAAAGCGAAAAGUCAAUGACCAGGAACGCGAGGAGUCCUUCAAACUACUUCAGAAAAGAAAAAGAGGAUCAGCCCAGACAGAAGAAAAUCUACACGCCAUGGAAGAGACUUUAAGUGACCACAUCCCAAACUCCUCAAAACCCCAAGUGGGGAUGAAGUUCAGCUCGUACGAUGAGGUGGAACGGUUCAUCCAAGAGCACGAGGAGGCCAACUAUGUCAAGUUCAGAAAGCUGGACUGCCGCACGGUGGAGUCCAACCGCAAGCGGAUGCCUAAGCGAUACCUGAGCGACGAGCUACGAUAUGCCACGGUGACCUUCAGCUGCAUCCAUCACGGCCAGUACGCGAGUCAGUCCAGGGUGCGACACAGACAGAAGUCCCGACGGAUCGGAUGCCAAGCCAAGUUCAGGUUUGCAGCCACCCCUAGCGGCAAGCAACUGUACCUUGCAGAUUUUGUGACACAGCACAACCACCCCCAUGAUGAGGCAAGCUUCCGGUCUCUCCCCCAGAAGAGAAAACUAAACGAUCAGGAAAGAGAGGAGGCCUUUAAAAUACUGCAGAAAAAAGGGAGAAGAGCGACCCUGAAACACUUACAGGAGGCAACCGGAAAGGCGGUGACUACAAGAGACGUACACAACCUGGCAGCUGCAUCUCGGCAAAACUCACUCUGCUACACCAACAUUAAGGCUAUCCUGGAUUAUCUGUCACAGGUUGAGGAACAGACCAGCGUAAUUGAAGUAGUGACAAAUGCCGACGAGAGGGUUGUUGGAAUCUACUACCAGGACCGGGAGAUGAUUAGAGUGUACGCAUCUUUUCCCCAUUACCUUGUAGUUGAUGCCACAUGUAAGAACAAUAGCUUACAAAUGCCGCUGUAUGUCAUACUGGUUGAGGACAGCAACUGCGAAUACGAGAUUGUAGCUCUCUUCUUUCUGAUCGCCUCCAAUGAGGAAAGCUUCCGAGCAAUGAUGAGGAGAUUCAAGGAGAACAACCCCAUUUGGCCUUGCCUCCAGGUCAUCAUGGCUGACAAGGACAACUCUACCAAGAUCUUGGUGGAUGAGUUCCCUUGUGCAUCUCUACAGAUGUGCCUGUCCCAGGUACUGAGGAAGUUCAAGCAGGACACAUCUAAGAAGCAGCUUGGCCUGCAGAAGGAGGAGGAAGCAUUCUGCGAAAAGCUAAUGCGCAAGCUGGCAGCCUCCAAAUCAGAAGCAGUGUACAUGGAGAUCUACAAGCAGCUCCUGAACACAGAACUUCAGACAGUGAUCAAGUACUACAACACCACCUGGCACAACAACCGACAAGAGUGGGUGGAGGGCCUCAAGUCCAGAAGUGUGACCCUCAAGAAGGAGGAUCCUGAGAAACUAAAAGCAGUCAGUGAAAAGCUGGUGGCAGUGUUCAAGAACUCCCCGACCUCGAAAAAGGUCAUGACUAACUUGAAGAGGGAAGUUGAGAGUCUGCGUGAGGAGCGAGACAAAACUGCGGCUGCUCUGCUAGCAGAGAAUGCCCCUAUAACCAAUCCAGACAACACCACGGUCAGUAAGUUUCAGCAGUACCUGACCCCCUGUGCUCUGAAAUAUGUUUUGCGACAACUGAAGCUCAGCUGGAAGGUGAAAGUCAAGGCUGAUAUUGACAAUAAGUCCAUGACGAUCACAUCCAGCAAAGACAACAUGAUAGUUUGUGUGGACAGCUGCCCGUGCCGUCUCUGGCAAUCCCUGUGCCUACCCUGCUCUCAUAUCUUCGCUGUCCGUCGCACCAAAGGGCUUCCUUUCUUUGCAAAAGCAGUCAUUGGAUCCAGAUGGUCUCUUGAGUACUACAGGUCGUGUAGCCGGCUUUCAGCCCAGAACACAGACACUGCUCAAAGUAUUGAUGCCCUGCAGAGACAACGGCUCCGUCUUCUGUCCCGCCACGAGAAAUACAUCCGGGUGUCUAAAAUCACCAAGCAGCUGGCAACUGUUAUGAGUGAGGCUCCAGCAGAACAAUUUGCAAGCCAACUGGAAGCAGUCCAAAAAGUGCUGACUUGCUUUCAGAACGGCUCUUCUGUCAACAUCAUGGAAGAGGUCGGACAGCACGCAAUAGACACCGAAGUAAUUACUGAGAGUUUCCCUUAUCAAGAGGACGUCAGGAUGGAGAGCUUACAAGAGACACAUACACAAGACGAACAGACAACAGCUUGAAGAACCAGUUGAACCUACAAGUGUUUGUUAAUUACACGGUACAAGUAACCUAUGCAAUUAUAUGGGUUGAGAGUUUUCACUAGGAAGAUAUUUUGCUUGUUUUAGGUGACUGUUCCAAAAUUAUUAUUUUCGUUCACUAACAGUUCAUUUUCGUAUAUAUCUUGUAGAACCUAGAGAAAUACUUUACCGAUGUCCGGAUUGUAUAGUGCUUGCAGCUUAAUGAACAGCUACAUCGAUGGAAGUAAUUCAUGAUUAAAAUAAAAAAGCAAAGUUCUUCUGCAGCAGUUCUUCCAAGUCGAA